AUGUUAGGCCUCCCAACAGUACCCCAUAGUGGAGAUAUCUCAGGCUAUGUCUGCUCCGAAUAUGACAGUUCAUACAAACCACCGGAGGAAUUAGCCAAAUUUAUGCAGUCCACGGCGGCACCUAUAUUCGUUUGCUUGGAUGCUAUAUUGCUUGAAGAUGCUCCGAGACUUGUCAGAUGUUUGGCCGAGGCUUCCAACAAAUAUGGCCUUGCCUUUCUCCUCCCAGCGGACUUCCAACCACUUUGUGCUCGACUAGCUGCACCUAACAUUUUCGUACUCGGUGAGGUUUCAACUGGUAAAUAUAGGCCUUCAGAGGAGAACUAA